AUGGAGCGCACGGGGGAAGCGGCCCGCCGGGGCGACGUGCCCAGCUUCUUACUGGCCCUGCAGACUUCUGAAGGCAGACCCGAGGCGGCGCGGGCGCGGGUGCAGGAGCAGGACUUGUGGCAGUGGGGGCUGACAGGGAUUCAUCUGCACUCUUAUCAACUGGAGGGAGUCAACUGGCUAGCCCAGUGCUUCCAUCGUCAAAAUGGCUGCAUCCUGGGAGAUGAGAUGGGCCUGGGGAAGACCUGCCAAACUAUCGCUCUCUUCAUUUACUUGGCAGGAAGAUUAAAUGAUGAAGGACCAUUUCUGAUUCUUUGUCCCUUGUCCGUUUUGAGCAACUGGAAAGAAGAGAUGGCGAGGUACAAAGUGGAUCUAACUGAAAUUGUAUUGUUUACAUUGGUGAAGAUUUUUUUUUCUUGGAUGAUAUGUAAAAUAUGACAAAAACAACACUUUUCUUCCUUAAUUUUUCAGAUUUGCUUGAAAGAUGCAUCUUUUCUAAAAUCAUUCCCUUGGAGUGUUCUUGUUGUGGAUGAAGCUCACAGGUUGAAAAACCAAAGCUCCCUGCUGCAUAAGACUCUUUCAGAGUUCUCAGUAGUCUUCAGUCUCCUGUUGACCGGAACUCCCAUCCAGAACAGCCUGCAAGAACUCUACUCCCUCCUCAGUUUUGUGGAGCCUGAUCUAUUUCCCAAGGAACAGGUGGAAGCUUUUGUUCAACGUUACCAGGAUAUUGAGAAAGAGUCCGAGUCAGCCAGUGAAUUGCACAGACUCUUGCAGCCAUUUCUGCUGAGACGAGUGAAAACUGAGGUAGCUACAGAGCUUCCCAAGAAGACAGAAGUAGUGAUAUACCACGGCAUGUCAGCAUUGCAGAAAAAAUACUACAAGGCCAUUUUGAUGAAAGACCUAGAUUAUUGGCAGUGGGUUCUUUCUUUUCCAGGUGUGGAGCCAGAGCCUUUUGAAGUUGGAGACCAUCUGAUUGAGGCUAGUGGGAAACUUCACCUACUGGAUAAGCUGCUGGCAUUCCUGUAUUCCAAGGGCCAUCGGGUUUUACUUUUCUCCCAAAUGACCCAGAUGUUGGAUAUUCUCCAAGACUACAUGGAUUACAGAGGCUACAGCUAUGAGCGUGUGGAUGGUUCCAUGAGAGGAGAAGAGAGACACUUGGCCAUUAAGAACUUUGGACAGCAGCCCAUUUUCAUUUUCCUUCUGAGUACCAGGACAGGUGGAGUUGGCAUGAACUUAACGGCAGCAGAUACUGUGAUUUUUGUCGACAGUGAUUUUAAUCCUCAGAAUGACUUGCAAGCAGCUGCCAGGGCUCACCGAAUUGGCCAGAACAAGUCUGUUAAGGUUAUUCGGCUGAUUGGCCGGGACACCGUGGAAGAAAUAGUCUAUAGGAGAGCAGCCUCCAAACUGCAGCUCACCAACGUGAUCAUAGAAGGAGGCCAUUUUACUCUGGGAGCCCAGAAACCUUCAGCCGAUGCUGACCUCCAGUUGAGUGAGGUACUCAAAUUUGGUUUGGAUAAACUACUGUCCUCUGAGGGGAGCACCAUGGAUGAAAUAGACCUGGAGUCCAUCCUGGGGGGAACAAAAGAUGGCCAGUGGAUCUCGGAUGCCUUGCCUGCAGCAGAAGGAGGGAGCAGAGAGCAAGAGGAAGGAAAAAACCAUAUGUACUUAUUUGAAGGUAAAGAUUAUUCUAAAGAGCCUAGUAAGGAAGACAGAAAAUCAUUUGAACAACUGGUGAAUCUUCAGAAAACCCUUUUGGAGAAAACUAGUCAAGUGGGCCGGUCACUCCGAAAGAAAGGCAGUGUUCUUAUCCCAGGCCUAGGGGAGGGGUCUACUAAAAGGAAGCAUAUUCUGAGCCCAGAAGAGCUGGAGGACAGACGCAAGAAAAGACAAGAAGCAGCAGCCAAGAGAAAGAGACUAAUAGAGGAGAAGAAGAGGGAAAAGGAAGAAGCCGAACAUAAGAAAAAGAUGGCCUGGUGGGAGGCCAACAAUUACCAGUCCUUCUGCCUGCCCUCCGAGGACAGUGAGCCAGAGGACCUUGAGGAUGGGGAAGAUGAGAGCUCUAACGAGCUGGAUUAUGGAGACCCAGACUCAACCUCGGUCAAGUACGUCAGUGGUGAUGUCACCCACCCUCAGACGGGGGCCGAGGACGCUGUCAUCGUGCACUGCGUAGAUGAUUCUGGCCGCUGGGGCAGAGGUGGUUUAUUCACAGCUCUGGAAACACGAUCAGCUGAGCCAAGAAAAAUAUAUGAGCUGGCUGGGAAAAUGAAAGACUUGAGUUUAGGAGGUGUCCUUUUAUUUCCUAUUGAUGAUAAAGAGUCAAGAAAUCAAGGACAAGAUUUGUUGGCCUUGAUUGUGGCUCAGCACCGUGAUCGCUCCAAUGUCCUGUCUGGCAUUAAGAUGGCAGCCCUAGAAGAGGGCCUGAAGAAGAUAUUUUUAGCAGCAAAGAAAAGGAAAGCAAGUGUUCAUCUUCCACGCAUCGGACACUCCACCAAAGGUUUUAACUGGUAUGGUACGGAGCGACUUAUUCGCAAACAUUUGGCUGCAAGAGGCAUCCCAACUUACGUAUACUACUUUCCUAGAAGCAAGGCUGCUGUUCUUCAUUCACAGUCCUCAUCUUCUUUCGCAAGACAGCUGGUGUCUUAAUGAUUGGCCUAGGGUCAGAUCCAGUCUUUAGCAACCAGCCAAGAAGAUAUUUUCCCAGAGCUACUGUAAUAGAGUAUUUCAAAAAGGAAUCGGAAUCUGGUGGCCUCUGAGAUUGUGUCACUCUGGUCUGGUACCUGUAAUAUGGGGAAGCACAACUUAUUUGGGAAAGCCCUUUGUCCGCAGUUGGCAUAGCUAUUGACAUGAUAAU